AUGUCUGAAACCAACAGUCAGGUCGAGUUUCUCUUUGUGGAAAGUGGAAAUCCCCAGCCCAGCAACAAAAGUGUUCGAUCUCACAUUAUCAAAGCGGCAAAUCGCAAAAAGCGAGCUUUGAGCAAAGCUGGGCGCUCCGUCUUGCCAACAGGCAGUAGAACAACUCUUUCCCGAGAAGCCACCCUUGACGAGUCAGGUCGUCCAGGAUAUGGCUUGAACUAUUCAGAUUGCAUAAUAUAUCUGCGUCGCAUUGCGCGCCAGGCACUUUCCUUGCCUUUGGUGCAAAACCCUGCCACUGUGUUGCCAGCGCAGUUGAGCCCCGGUGUUCUGGAAAUCAUGCAUCCGAUAUGGUCAGAUCCUGUUAUGCCAGGAACGAGGAUCAAGCAUUACCGUAAAUAUGACAACGGCCACUAUGCCGAGGAGCGGCAGCUGAUACUGCAAAACUCGAUACCAAUGCGGAUUGACGCAUUUGAGCAUUUACGACGCAACAGCCUCAUGUGGACACGCUCUUUCGGCUGGUGGAUCCCCAGCCUGGACGCUCGUCGUAGGCUUUAUUUCCAAGCGUGCGAGCUUAAGGCUGGCAUCAUGACAGACAUUCAGAAAGAGCUCGCCACAUUGAAGAAGAGUCGUCUGGAAAUAGCCUUGUUCACUGUUUACAAAUUUAUACCGCUGCGAGCAAACGGAGAAACUUUCAAAUCUAUGCUGACUCACACGAAGGGCGUCCGAGCCAUAUUCUUCAUGAGGGAAGACCCCUGGCUUUUUUCAGAUCGUCGGAUUUCACGACAGCUUUUGUACCGGGAGAUGAUGCAGAACGAUGCCUGCUGGAGCUUGAUCAGCGAUCCGACAGAUUACGAAGCGCGAGUUGAUCAAUUCCUGACGCAAUUGCUGAAAAAGAUCCAGGAGUAUGCCAUUGCGAGCGGAAAGGAUAAAAGGUCAUUUCUGCAUCCUGACAGCUUUUUAUACCGGUAUUUAGCAAGAGCACCAUCACAGCAGACUAGUCCAAGCGACUUCUUUAGUGAAGAUAUGAUCCACCUACUCGUCCUUCUCCUCCUCUCAAUCAAAACCAGUAGCUCCGAUAGCGACGUGCGUCGAGAGUACCUCGUCUUCCUGCAGUCUGAAAUACAUCGAUUCAAUUUCCAGACGGAAGAAAAUCACCUCUCACUUUUUUGGAUUCUCUUUAUGUGCAACCGACCUGUCCGCCAUGACAACCAGCAUCACGAUUGGCAGGCGGUCCGUUUUUUGAACAUUCUGAAGUGUUGUCCAACAGAAGUCAGACAGAUGAUUCGGGACGUCCUCAUGGAUUUUCUAGGCGGCUGUACGAUUGGAGUUGCGAGUCAACUGAACCUCCCGGAACUCAGAGCUCAAAUGCUCGAACCCCUGUGA